CGAAGACUCCCUUCUGACGUCUGUUUACCACUGCCAGACAAUUUGUACUGCGCUUGCGUGGUGAGGAUUGCUGGGAAAUGCAGUCAGUCAUGUGACUACUUAAAGCACGAGUGUAAACAACGAACGGCUGUCGAGCUAUAAAAGAGCAGGAUUAUGUAACAUUUCCUAAAGUGUACACACACCUAAACCAAAGCUGGAAAGUUACCCGACAAUGGUCAAUCAGAUUUCAAUUGCCCAAGUAGCCCAGAUUUCUAGGCCAGAGAUCUAUUCAGCUCCGAUCUAGUUUUGAAGCACACGCAUCCCUCUUUAAUUUGACACUCAAACGUUCACCAAUUUUUUAUUUUUAUUUAACUAGGCAAGUCAGUUAAGAACAAAUUCUUAUUUACAAUGACGGCCUACACCGGCCAAACCCGGCCAAUUGUGCGCCGCCCUAUGGGACUCCCAAUCACCGCCGGUUGUGAUACAGCCUGGAAUCGAACCAGGGGGUCUGUAGUAACGCCUCAAGCACUCAAGCACUGAGAUGCAGUGCCUUAGACCGCUGCGCCACUCGGGAGCAAUAGUCCCGGUGUGUCGGGUGUACUGUCAUAAAUAUUAGGUUUUAGACUGGUUACUUUAAAAUUGGCAUUGUUUUACAGUGACAUUCAAAAAUAUGUAUUUGUGUCCAGGAAGAUCUGUGAAGAAAAUUCAUUUCAGUAUGAUAAUUUUUUUCAAGAAUAUUGGUACCAAUCUAGAAAAUAAUAAAAAUGCCCUAUGUAUUCUAUGCAAAACGUUUAAUUUCAAUGUUUAAGAUCAGCCUAAAUCACCAUGGUAUGGUGUGUUUAUUUAAACAAUAAUCUGACCGUGUGCACAAUAACUACAAUUCCUAGUAGUUAGUAGUUACCUCAACUAGCCGGUGCCCCCCGCACAUUGACUCUGCACCGGUACCCCCCUGUAUAUAUAGCCUCCCUACUGUUAUUUUAUUUUACUUCUGCUCUUUUUUUCUCAACACUUUUUUGUUGUUUUAUUCUACUUUUUUUGUUUAAAAUAAAUGCACUGUUGGUUAAGGGCUGUUAGUAAGCAUUUCACUGUAAUGUCUGCACCUGUUGUAUUCGGCGCAUGUGGCCAAUACAUUUUGAUUUGAUUUGAUUUGAUUUAGUGUAUUUUAGAGUAUAACUUUGUUUGGGAGUGUUUAGCGAAUGCAGCGCGUGAUGUAAGCAGAAUAAUAAUAUACAGUAGAGAUAUACCUAUGUACAGCAAAAAUAUACAUCUGGUCUGAUUUAAACUCCUAUAAGUCUUUAUUCUGGAAACAUUUGUAUUAUUAUUUUUUACAAUAGAAUAGGCCGUCCUGUAAAUGUGUAAGCCUUUAAAAUGAUAAACAGUCGUUCUCUUCAUUGAUAAUAUUUCAAUCCCAUUUUGUCAGUAUGAUUAUUGUUUCACACUUGUUUAAUUUUGGCACAAUUGUUUCAUUCUCUUCUGCAAUUGGUCAAAGCAAACGCCGGUAAAUACUUGGGGAAAGAGGAUUGCGUUUCCUCUGUUUCGAUUGGCUGCGGAACAAGAACCUUCGCAAUUUUAUAGUCUCGAGAUCAGCCGCAGCUGAAACCGAAAAUGUCGGAUCCCACGGUUGCAGAUACUCGCCGAUUAAACUCUAAACCGCAGGAUCUCACAGAUGCGUAUGGCCCCCCAAGCAAUUUUCUUGAAAUCGACGUUUAUGACCCACAAACGAUUGGAGUCGGCCGGAACCGAUUCACCACCUAUGAAGUGCGAAUGCGGGUGAGUGUUCUAGGUCGGUACUAGCUUGCAGUAUUGAAAUCGAGGCCGGUGAAAUUGGCAGGGCCUAGUUUAGGUGACGCUAGUAUGAUGAGGGAACAUGGGUGGGACGGUUUUUCGAGAGAGACUCGACUUUUUGCUGUUCAAAUGCUUAGCCUUUCACUUCUUUGUCAUUUCAAAUAAUCGUUUCAUCCAAAUUCCUGAUGCAGUCGUUGCUAAUAUGGCUACCACCAAUAUCAAAUAGCCAGUAUGUGAAAGGACUGUCUUGUUAGUUUGGGUAGCAGUGUUUCUGCCAGAUAACAUACUGACUAGCAUGGGAUAUAUGUCUUUUAUUCUACUUUGUUGAAUUCUGUACGAUGUAUAGGCUUUUUCUCCAACCCAGAAUAAAAGCCUGCACACCCUGGGAUUCACCAGGACCAAUAUUGGAGAAUACUGGGCCAGCUAACACUGUAGUUAUGAGAUAGGCAACCAUACAUUGGGGUGUUAAACCAUCAUGGUAUUAGAAAGAUCUGUUUGUACAUGGGCUAGUCUCUUAAAUCCCAGAUCUAGGACAUGCUGGAACAGAGAGAACAUGGGCUGAGGGAUAUACAAAACUUGCACAGUGUGUACUGUAUACCCUUACUUACUACUACAAACCUCAAUGUAUUAAUGCAACAAUUUCAUAUACACUCAACUCUGCGUUUCCCUACUCCCUAAAGAUGUGGUUGCAUUAUGAACCAUCCAUUAUCACUAGACACAGCACCACACACCAGUGUCACAAAACUGAACAGUGGUUUUCACAGAUUGAGAUAAAAUGCUGAUCAAAUUAUACAUUAGUGAGGGGUUCUGGUGUAAGUUCUGAUGUCUGGCCACGUCACUGGACAUGUAUAUGCUGUACUGGAAAUGGAUUGUAGUGAUUUAAUAUAUUUUUUCACAUGCAGACAAAUCUUCCCAUCUUCAAACUUAAGGACUCUGUUGUGCGAAGAAGGUACAGUGAUUUUGAGUGGCUGAAGAAUGAGCUGGAGAGAGACAGUAAGGUAGGUUCACACACUGCAUAACUACUUGCCUGUAUGUCUGACCAGUAUAAUACUAAUCAAAACAGAAAUGUUUAAUACAUUUUUGUAGUUGGAAUUAGUGUCUGUUUCUAUGUGACUAAGUAACUAAUUUACUGAUAAGUUGUGUGCUUUCUAAAGAUUGUGGUGCCCCCUCUCCCUGGGAAAGCUUUAAAGAGACAGCUUCCCUUCCGAGGAGAUGAGGGUAUCUUUGAGGAGUCCUUCAUUGAAGAACGGAGGGUAGGCUUGGAGCAGUUCAUCAACAGGUGUGUAUCGUUUCUGUCUAUAGUAUUUCUCUCUGUAUGGCUGUGUCUCCAUUUCAGGUCAUUAUCAAAUUAACUCCCAGCCAUCUGCCUUUGACGCCACUAAUAAUCAAUUAUGAUUUCUAGGUAACUGAAACCUGCUUCUCUCUCCUCUAUCACCAGACUUGCAGGUCAUCCCCUUGCCCAGAAUGAGCGCUGUCUUCACAUGUUCCUUCAGGAUGAGUCCAUUGACCGGAACUACAUUCCUGGAAAAGUACGCAAGUAGGAUUGGCAUGGUUGGGGUU